GCCACCCGCCGCCGGUGCUCGCUGGGCGCCAUGUUUGCAGUCAAGCGGAACGCCGUCAUCGGCUUCAACCUCUACUGCGGCGGAGGAAGCCCGGGCCUGGUGCCCGCUUCACCAGCAGGAGAGCAAACCCCGCCGCCCGCCGCCGCCGCUCCGGCCGCCGCCGCCGCCACCGUCGCUGAGGUACCGCGGCCGCUGAUUGGCUCCGCGGGGCUGUGGGCCGCCGCCGGCCGCGCCGAAGCCCCCCGCGCUCCCAUUGGCUCCGGGGCGGCCCCCCACGCUCCGAUCGGUUCCGCCGCGGCCCGCCGGGCGCCGCCGGACUCCACGUCGCGGCCCGUCGCUCUGUGGAGCCCCGAGGAGGAGUUGGACGGCUGCGAGCCCGAGUCCGAACGCGGCCCCGGAGGCGAUUCGUUGCCCGGCACGCCGCCCGAGCUGCCCGACUUGAUCCCCGACGAGCUGCGGCAGGAAUCCCUGGAGCUCAUCCUCCGGUACCUCCGGGAGGCGGCGGGAGAGGCCGAGCCCGGCGUUAAAAAGCUGUUUCCGGGGCUCCUGGGAGGGCCAGGGCGGCCCUGCAGGGCGAGCAGCGCCGUCAUGGAGAAAGCGCUGGAAACGUUGCGGAGGGUCGGGGACGGCGUGAUGCAGAAACACGAAUUGGCCUUCCAGGGAAUGCUUCGGAAGCUGGAAAUCAAAAAGGAAGAUGACCUGCAGGCUGUGUGUGAGGUGGCUGCUCACGUUUUCAAUGAUGGAGUAACAAACUGGGGCCGAGUUGUCACGCUCAUCUCAUUUGGUGCCUUUGUUGCAAAACACCUGAAAAGCAUCAACCAAGAGAAAUGCAUCACCUCGCUGGCGGGGAUCAUCACGGACGCAUUGGUCUCAUCCAAACGCGAGUGGCUGAUGAGCCAGGGAGGCUGGGAGGGCUUUGUUGACUUCUUCCGAGUUGAGGACCUGGAAAGCAGCAUCAGGAAUGUGCUGAUGGCCUUUGCAGGAGUGGCCGGCCUGGGGGCGAGCUUGGCCUACAUGAUCCGGUGAGCUGCAGUGCUGCAGAGGGGCAGAGCUCAGGGCAGACCGGCUCUGCUGGGAGCUGGCGAUCCGAUCACUUCCUCCUGUGUGUACUUAAACAGCCAGACUUGAGUCACCCCAGGAGAAUAUCUAGGCAUCCCCUGAGCAAUUCUUUCCAAAGAAAGAAGGUAUGUUCCACUCAGAUCGUGGGUACCAAUGAGGAUUUAUUGCUUUGGGAACAGAAAGUGGAGGAGUUGACUGAUGCUCUGCUUCGUUCAAGAGCGUGAGGAGAGAAAGGCAAAGUGGACAUCUUCCGUUUUAUCCCGGAGGAAACAGAUAUGCUUCGUGAGCCAGUGAGCACCAACAGCUCCUGCCUGGACUGAUCCUCGUGGCUUUGGCGUGGUGACUGUCGUGGAGCCGAUGCUUCAGAGUUGUGGUUGUGGGUUUUUGGAUACGGCAUCUUCAGCUGCCGCUCCGCUGUCAGAGCUUUAGGCAGCGGCGCUGCGCAAGGCUGAGGCGUGCAGCCCGUGCUGGAACGCGGGGUGAUUUGUCCCCUGCCUUCCAGCAGGGUUUGCUCAGGCCGCGGGCGGCCCUGUGAGCAGUCCUGCAGCUUGAGCUGGCACUGUGGUAACCGCAGCCAGCUGCAGCCCGGCAGGGCCGGCCUGUCUGACUGCUCUCACCGCCCCGCCACGCCGGCAGUUUAAAAAUAGGGAGUGCAUUUAUAAGUACGUAAAACCCCACAUGAGGCAGGGAGGCUGCAGAGAACCUGUAAAUAUCUGUACAUCUGCAGAGCGUGUGCAUCUUUACGGAGCUAACGACACAAAAAGCAAAGGCUGAAUGUGGUGGAGCUGCUUAUGGAUGUGCUGAACUUCGUCCCUUGCUUUGUGGCAAAGCCUUCUGCCCUGGCUUCGAGCAAACCUUUCUCUGUGCUCGAGCAGAAGUGCCAGGGAUUGUAGUGGGGAUCGGUGGCUGCUGCACUCACUGCCCGCUGGCAGCAGCUGACACUGCUGUUUGUUUUAAUCUUUUUGGUUUUCCAAGCUCUUCUGGCACAGGGGGGGGUUGUGGAAGUUGGUGUUGGUCACUUCCUUCUCUCCCCUUUAAUUUUGACUCGGUAAGCAGUGAGCACAGCAAAGCUGAUAUUUGAAUGUAAAGUGUUCUGCAGCUGUGUAGAACUCGGUGCCUCGGCUCUGCAGCUCCUGCCAACCCCAAGCACAGCACCCGGCCCUGGGCUCCUCCUGGGCUUUGGGCUGUGCUGUGGUGUGGUUGGGGCUGAGCCCCCCCCCUGCACAACGGGGCUGAGCGUGGUGAGGAACCAGCCCCACUGCAGCCCAGGCAAUGCCCAGUGGGAAGAAAGCUAAAGGCAGUGCUGUUUGUCUGGCCUGCCUGGGUGCUGGAGGAGCACUUAAUAAAAGUCUCUUGUUCUCAGUGGUAGCAUAAAACUUUUUCUUGCAGCAGGAUGGGGAGCUGAAGGCUCAGCUGUGAGGGUGCAGCACCCCUCCCCCCCUUCCCCACCAGCCCUGGGCUGUGCUGCUGCUGCCUGCGUCUGCACUUUGGCUGUGGGUGAAACCCCAACUGCUGCCUCUCGGUUUCAAUUCCUGUGAAGCUGAAGAAGGAGGAAGCGAGCCGGGCAGCGCUGGCUGUGGGGAAGUCCCCCAUCCAUGGGGAAAUUACCCCCUGCGGGCACCCACCGCCUGUGCACACCUCAUUGCUUCGUGCCCCAGCUGCGGGCUGCUCUCCCUGCGCCACCGUUGGGCUUUCGGGGCUGUUUUGGGCCGGCUGUGCCAUGGCAACAUGCAAAGGGCCGCGGCCACCUGCGCUUCCUGGAAGCCGCGGUGCUGAUAA